ACAUUUCCCUCACCAAAACAUUCUUACAAACCAAAUCUAUCCUUUUCAUUCUCUAUCUUCUUCCACCUCUUUAAUCACAUUCAAACUCCCAAGGCAUCAUGGGUGUGAUCAGUUAUGAUAUGGAGGUUACCUCCUCAAUCUCUGCUGCCAAGAUGUUCAAGGCCUUUGUCCUUGAUGCCGACAACCUCAUCCCCAAGAUCUUGCCACAAGCAAUUAAGAGUGUCGAAAUCAUUCAAGGAGAUGGUGGAGUUGGAACUGUCAAGGUCAUAUCUUUCGGCGAAGGCAGCCAAUUCAAGAGCGUGAAACACCAAGUUGACGGGCUUGACGAAGAGAACUUUGUCUAUAGUUAUAGCAUUAUCGAAGGUGAUGCUUUGAUGGGUGUGCUUGAGAAAAUCUCCUACGAGAUCAAGAUCGAAGCGUCAUCUGAUGGAGGAUCCAUAUGCAAGAACAAUAGCAAAUACCACACCAAAGGCGAUGUUGGGAUCACAGAGGACCAAAUCAAGGGUGGCAAAGAAAAGGCCUUAGGAAUGUUUAAGGCUGUUGAGGCCUACCUCUUGGCAAAUCCGGAUGCCUACAACUAAUUAAAUACUGCAUAAUAUAUGGUUUCAUGAGUAUGCCUUUGUAUUAUUACUUAUAUGUGUGGCGUUUUAUUCUUUCUCAAUUUCUUGCUUAAACUACCUUUGGCUUUUUAAAAAGCGGGAAAAAACUUCACUAAGAUUGUAAUCAUCCACUUGUUUGUACUAUUACAUCUUAUUGAAGAGUUCUUAUUUUAUUUGGAAUACCAAACUCUCAUAGUAAACUAUAUACGCAUAUAUUUUUCUUCAA